ACAUUGGGACAAGCGAUCAGCCCAAUUCACCAACUAAGAAAGAUCUUAGUAAAUGUUUCGCUAAAUAUGAUAUGGAAAAUAAAACACGUGUAGCUUAUAUAGUCGACCCUAAGUGUUCAACAAACGAUGCAGCAGAUUUUAGAAGGGCAUUAGAACGUAUUGGAUUUAAAUGUGAACCUAUUUAUAACGAUUUUGAAACAAUGUGCAAAGAUUUGGAAAAGUUUAAGGAAACUGAACGUAAAAAUAAAAUUGGUUGCUUUAUUUGUGCAGUUAUAAACCAAGAUCACGAGAAAGCUGGAUCUGACGUAAUUGCACUAACUUCUAAGCUGACAGCCGAUAAGUGUCAAUCUUUAAAAGGAGUUCCUAAAUUAAUUUUUAUUGAAGCAGUUGAAAUAGUUGGAAGAUUCCACGCAGUGGAUGCACCUGAAACAGGCAAUAUACUUAAAAUCCCAAUAACGGCAGAUCUGUUGGUUUUUCGUUCGUGGCGGAAAGAAUGUCUGCCAAUCCACGGCAAACAUGAAGCUUCGCCAUUUAUGAAAAUAUUAACCGAAAAUUUGAAUGAGUAUGGCACUAAAUAUGAAAUCCUGAAACUAUUAACCAUUACUUCUGGUGAAUUCCAAAGUUCGGAGAAUUCGAAAAAUAAUGGCUCUGAAAGAAAGACUCAGAUUGCGUCGACAUUGCUCAAAGAACUAAUGUUUUGAACCAGCGAACUAAAAUAUUUCCGGUGUGGGAUCCUUAAAAAAUAAUUCUACACUCUGAAAUUGGACUAACAUUCUUUUAUAUACAACUAAUAUGAACAAUAUUAAUACGUAGACUAUUUUAUUCACAUGCUUUCAUAUAUCGCUGAUUCCUA